GUAUCGCGGACGACGUUGAACGAACCGCACACGGUGUAUACUCGUUUUUAUUUUUCGACUUUUGUCUUUUAUUGUACCGGUAAAAAAUGGCGCCUCGAGACAGAAGGUCCGAUGACGAAGCUCGUUCGUACGACCAGGUGUCUCUGCAAUCACGCGCAACGACUGCAUCAAUGGCUACUUUGUCGGAGAAAGGCCAGCAGCGGAGCCAUGCCGACGACAGAUCGACAAUCGCCGAUGAACAACUACCAAUUGACGGACGAGAGGAAGCGCCGCGUUACCACACACAUGAGAAAUAUUGGGCUAAACAAAAUAAAAAUAUUGAACCCAGCUUCGCACCGUAUAAUUCAUGGCAGGAUUUGGACCGCGAAGAUUGGGGCACUUUGGCUCUUAUAGGCGGGGGCUUCUUAUUCUGUAUUGCAUUUCAGUGCUGGUGGUUAUGGCAUCGUUAUUUUGCACGUAACCGCGAAGAAUAAAUGUGACCACAACAAACUUCCACGAGAUUUUACGACGACGACGACGACAAAGUCAUGGACGUGGCAAUAGAAAUAAGUGUUUUUUUAAUCUCUUAAACUCGAAUAAAUAAUUGUAAUUUUGGUAUUUCUAUAUGCACCAUAAUAUUUGCGUUGU